AUGAGCGAGACCGCUAUUUCAUUUGCCCAGGACUUUUUGGCCGCUGGAAUCGCCGCUGUGAUCUCGGAGACUGCUGUUGCCCCCAUUGAAAGAGUCAAGCUGCUCCUUCAGAUCCAGCAUGCCAGCAAGCAAAUUACAGUAGACAAACAAUACAAAGGUAUUGUAGACUGUAUAGUACAUAUUCCCAAGGAGCAGGGCUUCUUGUCCUUCUGGAGAGGCAACUUGGCCAAUGUCAUUAGGUACUUCCCAGCACAGGCUCUCAACUUUGCUUUCAAGGAUAAGUAUAAGAACAUUUUUCUGGAUGGUGUUGACAAGCGUAGCCAGUUUUGGAGGUACUUUGCUGGUAACCUCGCCUCUGGUGGUGCUGCUGGAGCCACGUCCCUGUGCUUUGUCUACCCCCUUGACUUUGCCAGAACCCGUUUGGCUGCUGAUGUCGGGAAGGCUGGCGCAGAGAGAGAAUUCACAGGUCUUGGAAACUGUUUCACAAAGAUCAUUAAGUCUGAUGGUCUGAAGGGCUUGUAUCAGGGCUUCAACGUGUCUGUGCAAGGCAUCAUCAUCUACAGGGCGGCUUACUUUGGCAUCUAUGACACAGCAAAAGAUGGGUUUUAUUAG